GCCUAUUAAUAAAAAUUUUGAAAAACCAGGUGUAACCGCGUUCCGCUUAUGCACUUUAUGGGUGAUUUUAUUUAUUUGUGUUUAAAUUUAUCGCAUUUUUUAUUAUUGGAAAUAUUUGAAGGUUCUUUAGAGUUCAUUGUUAGUGCGUGAAUAUACAUUUAUAUAAUUAAAUAAUAACGUAUAAACAAACGAAUAAUCGGAUACUUAUACGUUCUUUUUUACGAUGGCAGUCUUGGAUAAGAAAGACACCAAUAAUUCAACGACGAUCCUGAUAAAGAGCAACGAAGUACUAUCAACGUUCCGAUCAAGUCUUGGAAAAAGCAAAAAAAAAGAUCCGUCCGCUCCAUAUAAUCCUUAUGAUCAUCGAGAAGUGGAACAUCCAAAUGGGUUUCUUGGGGCAUUUAUCCAUAUCGUAAAAACAUCCCUUGGCACCGGAAUCUUAGCCAUACCGAGAGCCUUCAAGAGUGCAGGUUUACUAGUAGGUUUCAUAGGAACAAUAUUGGUUGGACUAAUGUGCACUCACGCCAUACACAUUCUGGUUAAAGCGUCUCAAAAGGUCUGUAGGAAAACGAACACUCCCAGCUUAGGUUAUGCAGAAACUGCCGAGGAGGUUGUUAAAUUAGGACCGAGGUCUUUGAGAAGGUUUGCCAGAUUUUCUAGGAUAUUUGUUGAAGGAGGCUUAUUUGCAAUACAUUUCCUGGCAGACUCCGUCUACGUGGUAUUUAUUUCAAUAAGCUUAACCAAGCUAAUUUCCGCAUCGUAUCCAGAUAUAGAAUCAUGGCCUGACUACAGUCUGAAGCUAAUCAUUUUAAUCCCUUUACUGAUUUGUGGACAAGUCAGGGAGCUAAAGCAUUUAGUACCGUUCUCAUUUAUAGCGAAUCUGAUGCUUCUCUUAACCUUUGGAAUCACCGGGUACUACAUGUUUAUGGGCAUUGGAGAUGUGAAAAUUGAGGAGAGAAGUUUGGCUGCUGGUAUAGCAGGCAUUCCAUCCUUUUUUAGUACAGUACUAUUUUCCAUGGAAGGUAUUGGAACCAUUAUGCCAGUGGAGAACUCCAUGACAACAUCCAACUUUAUUGGAUGUCCUGGAGUAUUAAACUUUGCAAUGGCAGUUAUUAUAACGCUUUAUACUUCCAUUGGGUUCUUGGGGUAUUAUAAGUUCGGUGAAGAGACUGCUGCUACAAUUACAUCUAAUCUACCAACUAAAGAUUUACCUGCUGAAAUAGCUCAAGCUGCUGUGGCCAUAGCGGUAUUCUUCUCUUUCAUGCUGGUCUUCUAUGUUCCAGUGGACAUUGUCUGGAGUAAAAUUAAAUACAGGAUACCGGAGUCCCGAUGGAAUAUUAGUCAAAUUAUUUUGAGGAGCACCAUGAUUAUUAUAGCAACUGGUAUUGCAAUUGCUGGAGGUGAAAACCUGGGCUUACUAAUCGAUUUAAUAGGAGCAAUCUUUCUAUCGACUUUAGGACUGUUUGUACCUGCCUUUUUGGAAAUAAUCGCAGAUUGGGACGAAGGUUUUGGGGUACUACGGUGGAGACUAAUAAAGAACAUCAUUUUUAUGGUGUUGGCGUUCUUUGGAAUGUGCUCCGGAGUUUAUUAUGCCAUUCUUGACAUUAUGGGUUUAACGGAAUAAAUGUUUUUUUUUAUAUAAUAAAAGUUGAUGAAUGAACAAAAUAGUACGUUUGCAUGCUCAUGCGGUUUGUCUAAGCCGGAAAUCGGGGUAGUUAGAGACAAAUUGCAUGGGCAACUAACUUGGGACAAAUUGGGUUUAUUUUGACCCUAUAGAAACGUGGUCUUGUAGUGCCAAUUAAUUGUAAAUAAUUCGUUAAAUAUUUGUCUAAAUUAUGUAAAAUCUGUGAUAUAUUUAUAUGUGAAAAAAUUA